AUGGAGGCGACUUUUGUCACCUGCCUUCUUACAGCAUCCAUUACUUUGGGUGAGUACCUUCUUUUUGCAAUGUCUCGGGAAUGCACCAUUUGUCAAUCAAGUGGAAAGAACUGCCAAGGUAGUAAGGAAGCCUGCUCUGCUCUGGAAGACAAAUGUAGCAUUGUCUUGUUGGAAAAGAAUUUUGGACCCACCAAACACGGCACCAAGAGGAGCUGCAUCCAUCCAGAGGAGUGUAACAAGGGUUUGGCUGUUCUGGACAUGGGCAAGAACCAGAUCAUCCAAGGCUACAUUUCAUGCUGCGAGGAGCAUCAAUGCACCAAUCAUUCCAGCUUGCCUGCCAGAAAAAUUGUAACUACCAACAACAAAAGAUGCCCGGCUUGCUAUAUUGAGUCAAAGGAACAGAGUGGAUGUAAGGAGAAGAUGAUUAAUUGUACUGGCGAGGAUGAGAUAUAUUGUGCGGAAGUGUUUCUUCAGAAGAAAGAAGGUAAAACCUACAGAUUCAUGUUCAUAUUCAGUAUUUGAAGCUGCCAAUGAGGAAAUAUAAUUCUUGAAUAGAUAUUGCCAUGACCUGAAAGGCCAGAUCAAGUUGGUAAAAUGAGGACCCAGAUUGUUGGGAGCAAACUGCUGACUCUAAACUGCUUAGGGA